AUGGCGGUGCCGGGUGAUCCUGCCCAGCCCCGGCAGGAGCAGCAACUCAAGCACCCCAACCUGGUGAACCUGCUGGAGGUGUUCAGGAGGAAGCGGCGGCUGCACCUGGUGCUGGAAUACUGCGAGCACACGGUGCUGCACGAGCUGGACAAGCACCCCCGCGGGGUGCCAGAGUACCUGGUGAAGAGCAUAACCUGGCAGACCCUGCAGGCUGUGAACUUCUGCCACAAACACAAUUGCAUCCACCGGGAUGUAAAGCCAGAGAACAUCCUGAUAACAAAGCACUCGGUCAUCAAACUCUGUGACUUUGGAUUUGCUCGAAUCCUGACCGGUCCCAGUGACUACUACACCGACUACGUGGCCACCAGGUGGUACCGCUCCCCGGAGCUGCUGGUGGGGGACACCCAGUACGGCCCGCCCGUGGACGUGUGGGCCAUCGGCUGCGUGUUCGCCGAGCUGCUCUCGGGGGUGCCCCUGUGGCCCGGCAAGUCGGACGUGGACCAGCUGUACCUGAUCCGCAGAACCCUGGGGGAUCUCAUUCCCAGGCACCAGCAAGUCUUCAGCACCAACCAAUUCUUCAGUGGGGUAAGAAUUCCAGACCCAGAGAGCAUGGAACCACUGGAAAUGAAAUUCCCCAAUAUUUCAUACUCUGCACUGGCUCUCAUGAAGGGCUGCCUUCGGAUGGACCCUGCGGAGAGGCAGAGCUGUGAGCAGCUGCUGCAGCACCCCUACUUUGAGAGCUUUAGGGAGGCAGCAGAGCUGGGCAAAGAACAUGAAAAGAGCCCUCGGAAGCCAGCCAGGCUGACUCGGAAGCACGUGCCAGGGGUACAGCACCUGCCUCAGCUGACCUGCAGCAAUGUUCUCCCAGCUUUGGACAGCAAGAAGAACUGCUGCAAGACAAGGAAAUCAAAGUACCACUUCCCAAACAUCUGACCAGGGGGCAGAUCAAAACUCAGGUUGUUCAAAAUCAUCCAGGAUUUAUAGAUGGAGGGUAAGCAGUGGAAAACUAAAUUACUAAAAGUUAUGGCAUGUACAGAGUGGUCUCUACUCUGGGUUACUGAUGGAGAGGAAGGAAUGCAGAAAGAACUCAAAUCUCAUCUCAGUGUUCUGUGUACAUUUUUAAUUCCUGAUUGCUUCCUGGUUCAGGAUUACCCCAGCCCAGUGCUUACAGUAUGAAAUUUCAAACUCUGGCCUAUCUGUCCCCUGCAUUUCAGACUGGGCAGGAGAACUCCACCUUGCCAAAUACACGAGUCCCUCCUGCUUUAGCUUGGCCCCACGUCCCUGCUGGGAGGAGCUGUGUGGCCAAGUCCCUGCUGUGCUGCACAAGGGGUGAAGAUGUGCUGGGGAGCUCAGAGCUGGUGACUGCUCAGGCUCCGCAGGCACCACGCCCAGGAGAACAGAGCAACAACGUCCCUGUUGUUCCUUUAGUCUUUCCAGAGCUGCUCCUGCAAGUUUAGUCCUUGAAUUCUGCUUCUGACAAGAGUGAGGGCACUUGCUUGUAGUUGCAAAAAUGAUUUUAUCAAAACUAAUCAUGAAUGUAAUUUAUAACAUUGGCCAGACACAGGCAGGAAUUCUGCCCAAGUGUUUGUAUUAGAAUGACUGGGGUUUGUGGAAUCUCAGAAUGUAAUAUUGUGUUGAUUUUGAAUAAAAGAAAUGUAGCUUCUUUUUCCAAUGUA